AUUGUUGCAUUUACUGCUGGUCUUUCUGCACCGCUCGCCUCAUGGGUCAUGCUGGAGGAGGUGAAGUCUUUGGAUGAAGUCAGCUGGAAGUUUGCCGGGCCCUGCUCCAAAAUCCAUCUUAUUUCAAGACCUGGCCUUGCUCAAACAUCGACCUGUAUGCUAAUUGCCUUGCAGUACUUCGUUAAUGUGGAUGAUACUGUUCUCAAAAGGUGGGCACUUCAUGGUUCUUUUUUAUCUCUCUAUGAUUGUAGAUCCAUUUACAUUUUUGUCCUUUUCAGUCUUGAUGCACAUGAUGUUUCAAAAGGUUGUGCUGUUAACAAUUACAAUCAAUUUACUUAUUUUCAUUUCCUUGUUUCAUAG